AUGCAGGACAGCACGCAACCCUCGACGGCGAACAUCGCGCUCGCGUGUGCAAUACUCGCCGGCGUCACUGGCUACUUCCUUGGCACCGCAAAGUCACUCGGCCUGUUUGGAGGCAGUCCAAUCUCUGCGCCGCCACGGGGAAAGAGCGGGAAGGCACACGAGUCUGAGGCAGAGUCCAGCGACGACGAGGACGAGGACGAGGAUGACGACACUGCACCUGCUGAGUUUCCGGGUCACAGUGAAGAGUGCAAGAUGGUGCUGGUAGUCCGAACAGACCUGGGAAUGACAAAGGGUAAGAUUGGUGCACAGUGCGGUCACGCAACGCUGGCAUGCUACAAGCACUUCCUACGACACGCACCAAACUCGACUAUUCUCAGCCGCUGGGAACGAAUGGGCCAGGCCAAGGUAGCGUUGCAGGUCAAGGGCGAGGAGGAGCUGGAGAUCUUGCAGGCUCAGGCUGUGAGUCUGGGGCUGGUUGCGCACAUUAUCCAUGACGCCGGCCGUACGCAAAUCGCGAGUGGGAGUGCGACUGUCUUGGGCAUUGGGCCUGCGCCGAAGGGAGUCAUUGACCAGGUAACUGGCCACCUGAAGCUCUUGUGA